UGGAGAUGCCGAUGAAAUAAAAGGACAGCGCCAGGAAAAUGUUAACAUGCUGGGUGGCGACAAGACCGCAGAAAAUCAGGCCUCACAAAGCCCCGAGGAAAUUUUGCGCCAAGACCUACUUUAUCUGCACGUGAAUCAUAGCUUACAGUUUUUUGACAAACCAUCCGGGGAGUACAUGGGGAGGAAUGGCAGGAGAGUAAACGUGGACAAGACCAAAUUCUCCAAGGAGGAACAGAAUGAAUUUACCAGAGGAUGGAGCUUAAAUAAGUUUAACCAGUAUGUGAGCGACCGUAUUCCUAUGCAUAGAAACCUGCCAGACAUGCGCCAUAGGAGUUGUAAGAAGUCCUUUGGAGAAGAUCUACCUCAAACCAGUGUCAUUAUCUGUUUUGUGAACGAGGCUAUGUCGGUUUUACUGAGGACCAUUCACAGCGUACUCGACCGAUCGCCAUCACAUCUUGUAAGGGAGAUAAUCCUGGUAGACGACUUCUCAGAUCUACCUCAUUUAAAGCAACCGCUGGAGGAUUAUGUCGCCAGACUUGGCAAGGUACGAGUGAUCCGCACAGAGAAGCGUGAGGGCCUCAUCCGGGCACGUCUGUUGGGAUAUUCCCACGCUAAGGCUGAGACACUCACCUUCCUAGACUCGCACGUAGAAGUGACAGAUGGUUGGCUGGAGCCUUUACUAGACCGCGUGGGUCAGAACUGGACAAAUGUCGUUACACCUCUCAUCACAUCCAUCAACAACGCUGACUUCCAUUUUGGUCGCUGGAGUCAUAACAACAUCUACGUGGGCGGAUUCGCCUGGAACCUUCUCUUCAUUUGGGAUCUGUUUGAGAACCCUUUUGAUGCAAACAAUCAAAUUCAACCACUGAGGUCGCCAACGAUGGCUGGAGGACUGUUUACCAUCCACAAGGAUUUCUUCACUCGCAUAGGUACAUACGAUCCAUCGUUGGAUUUUUGGGGCGGCGAAAACUUGGAACUUUCCUUCAAGAUCUGGAUGUGUGGGGGAAGCCUGGAAGUACUCCCGUGCUCAAUUGUCGGCCAUAUUUUCAGGCAGUCCUCACCAAUAACAUGGGAAGGUAAAAGUUUCCGUGUAUUGAGUAAAAACUUGAUUCGAGUGGCCGAGGUCUGGAUGGACGACUACAAAGACAUAUUUUACCGAAUAAGUGGGAGGAAACCGGUUGACUACGGAGAUGUGUCAGAGAGGAAGGCCCUGAGGGACAGACUGAAGUGUCACAGCUUUGAGUGGUAUCUUAGGAACGUCUACCCCUUCCGCUAUAUACCGGCGAGUACGCCAAUCGGAGUGAUCCAGAACAAAGCCGUGCCUAAGUGCAUCCUGGGGUUAACAAAGGGGAAGGCCAUCGCCGCAAGCUCCUGUGACAGCAAUAGAUUCCAGCUGUUUUGGCUCUCACAGGACAGCUCAAUUCAGUCAGAUAUCGGCUGCGUGGAUUACUCCGGGCAGAAGCAGCCCGUCAUGCUCACCUGUCAUCACAAGAGGGGCAACCAGGAAUGGCAGCUGCGAAAGGACGGGUCACUUUACCACGUUGUAAGCGCAAAGUGCAUGGAAAUGUCAGUCGGUGGAGGCAGUGUUGAAAUGCUACCGUGUCGGGAUAUCGAAAGACAAAAAUGGAUUCUACCUAAAAGAGGCAGCUGAUCAAGGAGAGACAACUUCUCAUAUUCUGUCCUCCAGGUGGCGCUCUAAUCUAAACUGAAGAGCGCUAUAAUGACGUAAACACCAACGUGUGUUGUAGGGCAUGAAACGAACGGAAUAUCUAUGCUGUUUUGGAAGGUAUUUAUAUGCACGAUGGAGCACACUUGUAACGUACAAAGUCGCCCAAGCUCAUGUUUAGCGAAUGGAGAUUGCUAAGUAACUAACAUAUUAUGUAUAGGGCGUGCGUGGUUUGCAAUUUAUUUACGAAUGCAAUGAAAACUCGUAUUGGUUUUGUAUGUGUUUCUUGGUUUGAUUCAUCAUGGAUUGAAGUUUAGACAGUUAUGAAAAGAGAAAAAUAUAAAAUCAUAAUCAAACAAAAAA